CUCAUUUUAUAAAUGUAUCAGAUAACUCAAAUUUUUAUUACAUAAUUUGAAGAAGGGUGAAAAAUUCAGCCGCAAUAUGCACGCAACAUACGAAGCGUUUACGCAAAUCAUACCAAUUUAUCGAUACAUUUUUCAAUCCCGAAGGCAUACGCCUGAGUAAGUAGCAUUUAUUUUUUAUACGGGCACUCGAUAAACUCCUCCCAUGAAUUCGAUGCCAAGAGUGGGGGAAUAUGAAACGGCACUCUCAGAAAAGCUCCCGUCUGAGUUACAUCGAUAAAUCAUUUUUUACAUACGAGUCUACGUUGCCACUGAGCAAAUGUUUCAUUAACUUUGGGUGUAAUGGAUUUUCAAAGAGGCGUUGAAUAUCAACUUUUCUCAAUUCCAUUCACCGUACUGACAUUGUGCGGAGCAUGGUGCCCGGAAAAUUGGUCGAGAAAGAAAAAAAGUAUUUACAGAAUUUAUACAUCUAUUAUCAUGUUCUUGGGCAUCAUCUUUUUCAUCGAAAUGAUGAUCAAUAUCAUUUUGACAAUCAAGUCUGACAAUUUCAAUAUGGAAAAUAUAUUUACCGCGAUUGUAGUCGGAGUUGGAAUUUACAAGAAAGUUAACGUAUUAAUUUUCCGAUCAAAUAUUAUCAAUUUUAUCAGUAAAUACGCCACUAAUGAAUGGCAUCAACCAACAAAUAUGGAAGAAACGGUCAUCUACACAGAAAAUUUGUCCGAAAGACGGCGAGUGACUAUUAUCUACGCUGGUUUGAUUUUGGGCGCAGUCCUACUAAGAUCUACUGUACCGAUAUUAGAAGCUGGCACGUUUUUGAUUCUUCCAUUGGAAGCUUGGUAUCCUUAUGAUGUAGACAAUUUUACUGCGUUUUUCUUCACAUACUUUCAUCAAAUAAUCAGCGGAGUAACACUUUCAUGUAUGCAUCUCAGCACGGAUAUGCUUUUUGUCAGUCUGUUGAUGCAAAUGUGCUAUCAAAUAAAUAUUUUGAAACGUAGAUUACAAAGAGUUGGUGAGUUGAGCGUUAAGAAAACUCCUGUAAACAAAGAAAUGAUGAGCACGCAAUUGUUGAUUGAGCAACGUAUACGGGAACAUGAAAGUAUUUACAGGUUCGGAUCCGAUUUACAAAAUACUUUCAAGCCACUUCUAGCCGGUCAAAUGGUUAUAUUUGUGCCAAAUCUUAUUAUUAAUAUAUACUUUCUUUCUGUAAGCGCUAACAGACACAAUCUGAAGUAUUUUACAACAUUGUUUUAUGCUUUAGUGUCAUUAAUGCAAAUCUAUAUGUUCUGUUGGUAUGGUAACGAAAUAACCCUGGGUAGUAUUGACAUCGGCAGUGCGCUAUUUGAAAGCAAUUGGGUUCAUCUUAAUCAUAAAACAAAGAGAUUACUCUUAACGGUAAUCACAAGAACAUCUAAAUCUAUAUUGAUAUCAGCUGCUGUAAUUGUACCUUUAAAUCUAGAUUCAUUUAUCAGAAUUAUGAAAACUUCCUACUCGGCAUUCAAUUUCCUGCAACAUGUUUCGACAUAGUCGGCUUAAAAAAUAAGUGCCGUAACUCUUCUAGUUCCAUCAUCCGAACGAUAUAAAAGAAAUAUCGUUUUGAAAAUUAACAGUUUGCUAUUCUAGUAUCUUGGAAAUUCAUA